CGCCCCGCCCCGCCCCGCGCCGCCCCGCGCCGGCUCCGCAGCUCGCGCCUGCCCGGCGCCGGGCCAUGGCGCUGCUGCAGAACGUAUCGCUGCAGGACCCACGGGACCGCUUCGAGCUGCUGCAGCGCGUGGGGGCCGGGACCUAUGGCGACGUCUACAAGGCCCGCGACACGGUCACGUCCGAACUGGCCGCGGUCAAAAUAGUCAAGCUAGACCCAGGGGAGGACAUCAGCUCUCUUCAGCAGGAAAUCACCAUCCUGCGUGAGUGCCGCCACCCCAACGUGGUGGCCUACAUUGGCAGCUACCUCAGGAAUGACCGCUUGUGGAUCUGCAUGGAGUUCUGCGGAGGGGGGUCCCUGCAGGAGAUUUACCACGCCACCGGGCCCCUGGAGGAGCGGCAGAUUGCCUAUGUCUGUCGGGAGGCACUGAAGGGGCUGCAUCACUUGCACUCUCAGGGGAAGAUCCACAGAGACAUCAAGGGAGCCAAUCUUCUCCUCACCCUCCAGGGAGAUGUCAAGCUGGCUGACUUCGGGGUGUCAGGCGAGCUGACAGCGUCUGUGGCCAAGAGGAGGUCUUUCAUUGGGACUCCAUACUGGAUGGCCCCAGAGGUGGCCGCCGUGGAGCGCAAAGGUGGCUACAAUGAGCUGUGUGACGUCUGGGCCCUGGGCAUCACCGCCAUCGAGCUGGGCGAGCUGCAGCCGCCUCUCUUCCACCUACAUCCCAUGAGGGCCUUGAUGCUCAUGUCGAAGAGCAGCUUCCAGCCGCCAAAGCUGAGAGACAAGACUCGCUGGACCCAGAAUUUCCAUCACUUCCUCAAACUUGCCUUGACCAAGAAUCCCAAGAAGAGACCGACGGCAGAGAAGCUUCUGCAGCACCCCUUCACGACCCAGCAGCUGCCUCGGGCUCUCCUCACACAGCUGUUGGACAAGGCCAACGAUCCCCACCUGGGAACCCCCUCUCCAGAAGACUGUGACCUGGAGACUUAUGACAUAUUUCCGGACACCAUUCACUCCCGGGGGCAGCAUGGCCCAGCCGAGAGAACCCCCUCGGAGAUCCAGUUUCACCAGGUGAAAUUCGGCGCCCCACGCAGGAAGGAAACAGACCCACUGAACGAGCCGUGGGAAGAGGAGUGGACGCUGCUGGGGAAGGAAGAGCUGAGUGGGAGCCUGCUGCAGUCAGUCCAGGAGGCCCUGGAGGAAAGGAGCCUGACCAUCCGGCCAGCCUUGGAACUCCAGGAGCUGGACUCCCCAGAUGACACCAUAGGAACCAUCAAGAGGGCCCCGUUCUUGGGGUCAUCUCCCACUGAGCCUCCAGCCGAGGACCUUCAACCCAGUCUCCCAGGAACUCCACCCCUACCGCACCCAGGCCCUGCCAGUCCUCCCCUGCUCCCCACCGCCUGGGCCACCAUGAAGCACCGGGAAGAUCCUGAGAGGUCAUCUUGCCAUGGGCUCCCCCCGACCCCCAAGGUGCACAUGGGCGCCUGCUUCUCCAAGGUCUUCAAUGGUUGUCCCCUGCGGAUCCAUGCUGCUAUCACCUGGAUUCACCCUGUCACCCGGGACCAGUUCCUGGUGGUGGGAGCCGAGGAAGGUAUCUAUACCCUCAACCUGCAUGAACUGCAUGAGGAUACACUGGAGAAGCUGAUUUCGCACCGCUGCGCCUGGCUCUACUGCGUGAACAAUGUGCUACUGUCCCUCUCAGGGAAAUCCACACACAUCUGGGCCCACGACCUCCCAGGCCUGUUUGAGCAGCGGCGGCUACAGCAGCAGGUCCCCCUCUCCAUUCCCACCAACCGCCUCACCCAGCGUAUCAUCCCCAGGCGAUUUGCCCUGUCCAACAAGAUUCCUGACACCAAAGGCUGCCUGCAGUGUCGUGUGGUGCGUAACCCCCACACGGGCAGCACCUUCCUGCUGGCCGCGCUCCCCGCCAGCCUGCUCCUGUUGCAGUGGUACGAGCCGUUGCAGAAGUUCCUGCUGCUGAAGAACUUCUCCAGCCCCUUGCCCAGCCCAGCAGGGAUGCUGGAGCCGCUGGUACUGGACGGGAAGGAGCUACCGCAGGUGUGUGUGGGGGCCGAGGGCCCUGAGGGGCCCGGCUGCCGCGUCCUGUUCCACGUCCUACCGCUGGAGGCUGGCCUGACGCCGGACAUCCUCAUCCCACCCGAGGGGUUCCCAGGCUCGGCCCAGCAGGUGAUCCAGGUGGACAGGGACACAGUCCUGGUCUGCUUUGACCGCUGCGUGAGGAUCGUCAACCUGCUGGGCGAGCCCACAGCCACGCUGGCGCCCGUGCUGACCUUUGACUUCCCCAUUGAGACUGUGGUGUGCCUGCAGGACAGCGUGCUGGCCUUCUGGAGCCAUGGGAUGCAGGGCCGCAGCCUGGACACCAAUGAGGUGACCCAGGAGAUCACAGAUGAGACGAGAAUCUUCCGAGUGCUCGGUGCCCACAGAGACAUCAUCCUUGAGAGCAUUCCCACCGACAAGCCCGGGGCUCACAGCAACCUCUACAUUCUCACAGGCCACCAGAGCAGUUACUGAGCAAGUCACCUAGCUGGCUUGGCCAGGGGCGCCCCCGCCUGCCCCACACAGCAAUUCUUUCAGGCAGGGGGGCCCCUCCGAGAUCAGAGGAGCUCAGGCCCUGGUUCUGCUGGUUUGAAAGGGCAGAAAUCCUGAGAAGAGUCUGGGGGCUGGGGAAGGGAGGGGCCCGCAGCCCAUACCUCCGCAAUAACUGGACCAGAAGAAGCUGCUGUCAUAUCCCCCUCCCAAGCGGGCAGCUGGUCCUCAGAGCGCUGUGGCAGGGCCCUGAGCAGUUUGGGGGCAGCCCGGGGCUAUCCAUUCCAUUUUGUUCCACUUUUCCUUUCCACUCAUCCUGCCAAGAGCCUGCCCCUGCGCUCCAUCCUGGGGAACAUGGUAUUUAAAAGAGAGACUAUAUUGGCAUUAAAGCUGGUUUGAUUUUAUUCCACUGCUCCCUCUGGGUCAGGGGACGCUGAGCCCACUGCCUCAUUUCCCACCACAUCUCCCUCCAGCACAUCUUUCUUGGCACCAGGGGCUGUGGAUGAAACAUGGAAGGGGGGCCACCAGUGUUCUGGUGACUCUCUCAUGUGGAGCCAGGCAGAGGUGAAGGGGAGGCCUCGGCCCCUCGUGAGAGCUCAGGGUCACUGUGUCUUCCUGGGCUCCCCUGCUCAGGAUGAGCCCCCCGCCCCGGCCCUGCCUUGCAGUGUGAGGUCUCCUUUGUGGCCCAGGAGUUAUGCUGAUGGGGUGGGGGGAGGCCCCGAACAACGGAUUCAUCUAGAGGACCCCUGUCCCAGGUGGGGGCCCGCCAGGUAGCCUGUGGAAGGGCCCAGAAGGGGCCAGCCCAGGGCUGCUCUACCCAGCCCCAGGGAGGCUGCAGCCUGUGGAGACAGCUUGUCAUGACCUGCAUCCCGCGCCCAGGCCUGGGGCUGCCUCCCACCUGCUGUCUGCUCUGUCAGGCUGGGAUUACUAAACACGGGCGUGCUCAUCAAGCUAGGCUCUGGGACAAUUAGCCUGUGUCCAUUUAACAAGAGUUCCUGGGCUCCCAGAGGGAUUCCCUACCCCGAUGUGGGCCAGCCCCCAGUGAGGGCAGCUGUCCUUGCUGGAGCCUGCAUCUCGAGGGCACAUCCAUCCACCUGUUGCCGACUUUGGGCUUUCCAUGGUCAUUCUCCCAUGUGUCCCUCUUAGUGCUGUACCCCCAGGCCAGGGAGCCCCGAGUGGUCCCAGACACUAACCAGGCUGCCCUUGAGCAGAGUCUUUGGGUAGGUGAGGCAGGACCAAGGUUACAGAGGGCGGGGAGGUCUGGGGCUAGGGGAGGAGCCUGAGCAAAGGUCCAAGGUCAGUUUGGCCCUGUCGCCUUCCUUCUGAUGUUCAAGUGCUGGAUGAGAACUCUGCAACUGUGGGCCCUUGGUAAAUAUUUGAUAAAUGAAUGAAGUGCUGAGUGGGUGGGCAGAUGGCAGCCCCAUCCCUAGUGCUUCUGGCAGGGGACCCUGAGCCAUCUCGUGUUGGUCACAUUAUCCCCUUGUCCACCCUCCUGCAGAGGUUUGACUGCUCUCUUAGGGGCAAGGGAGGGUUUCUCAACUGAAAUGGGGGCUCAGAUCAGGAGCAGAGGCAGAGCUCCUGUGUUCGACCUGAAACCCAAAGGAAGGCAAGAGGCACCUUCCAGGUUCUGAAGGUUUGUCUGCACCCACUCAGGGGGCAUUCGAUGGGCCAGGUGGAGGAGAUGACAGGAAUAUGAUUCCUAACUUCCGUUUUUCCAGAUUUCUUGGCAGAGGUGCAGGAUUGAGGAGUGCCAGGGUUGGGGAGGUGAGCUUCCGCUCAGUGGACACAGACCCCAACCUUUGACGCCCAGGUACCCCGGGAGGACUUUCAGCCCAGAGCAGCAGGCAGCAGACAGUGCCACCUUGUGGCUGGCCGGUCCCCCAACACACUAAAGCAGUUGGGGGGUGGUCAGACUGUAAAGUGUCAAAAGCAGGGGGCCUGGGAAAAGCAGGGACCUUUGAUAAAAUAUUUGCUGCCAGCAAAGGCUGGCUGCCAGCCAAAGAAAGGUCAAGAAGCCAGGGAAUAUGCACUGAAAGAUCAAAAUUGUUAUUUUAUCAGUGUUUUUUAAUAGAUAACCCUUGGCCAUGGUACAUAGAUUUUUUUUUUUUUUGGUGGGGGAGCAUACCAGGUGACCUGUGGAACUCACCCCCGCUGCCCCUGCCCCAGACCAGGGACUGCUGAGUCUUAACCACUGGACCACCAGGGAAGUCCCACAAUUGAAAAAAAAAACAAAAACUAGAUAACAAUGACAAGUCUCUUAUCCAGGUCCCAGUUACUUAUGAACUCUCUGGAAGUACUCAUGCAUGUUUAAGCAGUUCAGCAUGCAUUAGUCUUUCCCCUUUCUUACAUGGUGAUAUAUUCCACACAGUGGAAUAUAUCUUGCCCUUUAAAAUCUGUCCUGGAGAGUUGGAGAGAAUUCCCUGGCAGUCCAGUGGUUAAAACUCUGUGUUUUCACUGCUUGGGGCCCAGGUUUGAUCCCAGGUUUGGGAACUAAGAUCCCAUAAGCUGUGGCCAAAAAAAAAAAAUCUGUCCUGGAGAACUUUCCAUGAUCAGUGCCUCCACCUUUGUUCUUUUAUAGCUCAUGAUGUUCCACUGUAUGGGUUUCCCAUAACUAAUGUGAAUUAACCAUAGUUAGAUCCUAUUGAUGGAAAUUUCAGUUGUUUCUAUUAGUGUGAUACUACAAAUGAUGCAGCAAUAAAUACUCCUAAGCCAGCGCCACUCUGUACAUACUCAAGUGCCCCAUAGGAUAAAUUCCUGGAAGUGGCCUUGCUGGGUCAGAACUGGCUUUGUCCUUGUGACAGCUACUGUCACAUUGCCCUCCCUGGGCAGAAGCCACUGGGAUGGGUCAGAUCAGCCUCUCUAAGCCAUCCUGUGGGUAAGUGGAAGAGGCAAGUCACCCCAGGGUGUUUGGGUAGCUGGCCCAUACCCCGAGUCAAGUGAGGGUCAGGGUGAGAGGUAACAACCAGAUGUGUGCUUCAGGACAGCAGGGCAUCUGCUGUGCUCACGGUGGCAUGUCCAGUCACUGCUUGGUACUCAGAAGGCUUUUUGAGUGAAGGAAUGAACGUGACAUUCUGACAAGGAGGCCCUGCAGUUGGGUCCCUGGACUGGGUGAGCUUGCUGGGCUGUAUUUUCCCUAGGCAGACCGUAUCCUGUAUUGACCUGCAGGGUGUAGGGAGAAUUGGAAGUAUUGUAAUACACAUAAUCCAACAAGACAGAUGAAUCAUAGAGAUAUAAUGUAAAGUGAAAACAGCAAAUUGCAUAAAAUGACACACAGCAUGCUGGCAAAAAUAAGCAAAACUAAACCAUCUAUUAAAGAAUCCACCUGCAAUGCAGGAGAUGUGAGUUUGAUCCCUUGGUUGAGAAGAUUCCCUGGAAGAGGGCAUGGCAACCCACUCCAGUAUUAUUGCCUGGAAAACCCCAUGGACAGAGGAGCCUGGCGGGCUACGGUCCAUGGAGUCACAAAAGAGUUGGACAGGACUGAAGCCGCUGAGUACACACACAUGAUCAGACGCUUAGGAGAUCAGGGGAAGAAAAGCACAAAAUUCAAACGGCGGUCCCUGUGAGGGGAGUGGGACUGGGGUAAGGAAGGACCUCAGGAAUUUGCGAAGGUAAUAUCUUGGUUCUUAGGCUAGCUGGGGCGGGGUUCAUGGACAUUCAAUUUAUAGCUCAGUUCCUAACACACGUGAGGUUCCGCAUACUUUUUGUAUGUAUCAAAUACUAUGUAAGGGACUUCCCUGUGGUCCAGUGGAUCCAUGCUACCACUGCAGGGGGCGAGUUCCAUUCCUGGUCAGGGAACUAAGAUCCCCCAUGCCACGUCACAGGCUUCCCUGGUAGCUCAGCUGGUAAAGAAUCCGCCUGCAAUGCAGGACACUCCAGUUCAAUUCCUAGGUCAGAAAGAUCCCCUGGAGAAGGGAGAGGCUACCCACUCCACUCUUCUUGGGCUUCCCUGGUGGCUCAGAUGGUAAAGAAUCUGCCUGCAAUGCAGGAGACCUGGGUUCGAUCCCUGGGUUGGGAAGAUCUCCUGGAGGAGGGCAUGGCAACCCACUCCAGUAUUCUUGCCUGGAAAAUCCCCAUGGACAGAGGAGCCUGGUGGGCUAGAGUGUAUGGGGUUGCAAAGAGUCGGACACGACUGAGUGACCAAGCACAGCACAUGCCAUGUCAUAAAUCCAGAAGAAAAAAAAACUAUGUAAGAAAACAUAAGUUUAAAUAUUUUAAGGCAAGCACUCAAAAAACUCAGCAAUGGCUUAGAAAACAAAACCAAAAAGCCAACAUUUCCUAGACGAUGAAAUCAAGUGGAGAUAAUGAAACCAAUGUUCUGUGACAAACUAUGGGCAGGUCCCCUUCUGCUGUAGCUGCUUUCUUCUGUUGCUUCUUUUAAAACAGCUUUAUUGAGGUAUAAUCGGCAAUGAACUGCAUAUAUUAAAAAUGUACUGUUUAAUGACUCUCACACACAUAUACCUGUGAAGCCACUAUUGCAAUCAAGAUAAAUGUUUCCAUCGCCCCAAAAGCUUCCUCUUGGUAAUCAGGCCCUCCUGUUCCUCCUUGCCUCCCCAGCCCCAAGUAACCACUGAUCUGUUUUGUCACUAGGCAUGAAUUUGCAUAUUUCAGAAUUUAUGUAAAUACAAACGUAUGGUAUGUACUCUUUUUAUUUGGCUUCUUUCACUAAGCAUCAUUAGUUUCAGAUUUAUCCAUGUUGUUUCAUAUAUUAAUGGUCAUUCUUUUUAUUGCCAAGUAGUAUUCCAUUGGAUGGAUGUUCCACAGUUUGUUUAGCUAAUUGCCUGUUGAUAUACAUUUGGGCUGUUUCCAGCUUUGGACUAUUUAUUGCAAAUAAAGUUGCUAUGAACAUUCA